AUGGCCACCAGACCUGACGAGUACAUUACUCUUGAUGGGAGAGUAACAAAUAACAUCCCAGAGGGAUACCAUGAGAUUGUUUUAAUGUACCGGAACAAGAGGAUUGACCUGAGAUCUGUACAUUAUAAAUGCAAGGCUAACAUGUCAAUACCUCACAAGAUGAUCAACAAUAAUAUGGUGAUCUCAUUAAAGCAUAUAAUAAAAUGGUGUAAUUAAAGAAAAAUUAUUUCACAAUAAUCAUUCUCUUGAAACAAAAUUGAUCAAAGAUAAUUUCAAGCAUUAUUGAAAAGAACAAUGCUAGAGAUUUCAUUUGAAAGAGCUAACACAAUUUGAAAAAAAAUCAGUACUUAAACAAUUUAACGUUCGACAUUUAAAGCUAUAAACAAAGAGAAAAUAUAAUAUCCAGCUAAAGCUACUGUAACGGUUAUUCAUAUGUACAUUGACAACACUUUUCUGUAGAACAUUGGUCCUAUCUGGGUACUUCUGCUUUUCCAACUCCUUCAAAUUCCCAUGCCAAAGAAGUCAGUUGAAGUAAUAUAUCAAACAUGAGAUGCAGUGUUUCAUCACCAGAUGAAACACCGAGAAGAGAGUUGAAAAUACGACGCGCAGCAGAGUAUUUUUGACGAACUUCGAGGUGUUUCAUCUGGUGAUGAAACACUGCAUCUCAUGUUUGAUAUUUCUUCUCAAACAAAAUCAUUUUUGAAGGAGAAAUUAAGGAUGCAAAUACUAAGCAGUGUUUCAUCCGAUUUCCAAACACUCAUUAAACAUUAAUUUCCUUUGUAUUUUCUUAAUGAAUUAUUAAUGAGUUUGAGAAUGCAUAAUCAAGAGACAGGAACAAUAUGACAGAGAGAUCAAGAUGAGAAGCUCACAAGAUUACCAAAAGAAAAGGUUCAUUUUUAUAAUGCUAUUUUUAAUCUAUGAACUGCUAAUUUUUGUAAAAAUAUUUUACAACUAAUAAUUAAGACAGGAAAAAUACAAAUGUAUAACGAUUGCUGCUAGGUAUAGUGCAGUUUACUACAACGAAAGUUAAAGUUAAGAAAUUGACAUCUAAAAUGUGAAUGACUGUAUUACUGUUUAGCACCUCUAUUUUACCUCUGUGGUCAGUGAAAACGCAACAAAUUGUUCAAAAAAAUUCAUUCAAAAGAAUGAGUAGUACUACAAAAGAGAAUGGUUUAUCUCAUAUUCUCUCUUACAAAUGAAAGGAAAAAAACAUGAAAAAACAUGAAAAAGAGAAGGAAUGUAUGAAGUCACUGAAGGCAGUUUCAGUAACAACAUCCUACUGUGGAACAGCUGGUUCUGAGUCAGAAGAAAGUGGUGACAGUGAAAAUUCAGAGGAUGAGUUACCUGAACCAGAUAACUACAUCUCCAAUUUAACAGACAGCAGCGGUGACGAUGAAUCAAGUGAUGAAGUGACAGACAGCCCUUCCCCACUGUACUUCCUAAAUGAUUGUGAAGGUACUGGGGGAUCAGUCUAUGAGGACCACGUAGUGGAGAUUGCUGCUGUUCUGCAGCCUCUGGCUGGCAAUGUAGAAACCAACAUCCCAUCAACAUUCCAGUCUGUCAUCAACACCUCUAAGAGAGUAUGAACACUAGGUUAGAGGUUGAAAGUAAUCAAUCAUGUGAAAUAAUGCUUUUUCCAUUUUUUAAUGUUUUUGUCUCAUUAAAGAUCAGUAAAAACAAGACUGAAUAGCAUUACAUGCAAUAUAUUUUGUUUUUCAGGUGUGAAAAAAUGUGGAAUAAAACAGACUGACCUUUUAAACCAACCAAAACUAUCAGAAGUACUUCCAAGGUUUAUAUCAUGGAUCAAAAAUCUGACAAAUGAGAUUUCCACAUUAACCAAGAGAAAAUACUUCCCAGGUACACAAAGUUGUACUACUUAAAUGAAAUGACAGUCCAUCUCUUGUCUACAAAAUUAAAUCAAAAUAGUCCAUUCUAGAUAAGAAAAAAGCACAAAGUCCAAAACCAUGUAAAAAUAAUGUCAUUUUAUUAAUAUAUCUUAUAGAUAUUUAUAAGGCUGAGAUCAGAAUUCUGAAAUAUAAGAAGAAGUGUUAUAGAAAUAGUGAUGACAAGCUACUACAAUAGAAAAAUAGGAAUGGGAUUGUUUCAUGAACAGUCAUUUACGUUACUGUUGUAUUUCUUUUUAGUACUGAUUGCGCAUAAUGGUUUUGUUUAUGACUUUCCACUCCUGUUUGCUGAGGUGGACAGACGAUAUCCCUGUUGA